UCCACUCUACAAAUUUGGAGCUCUUCCAUCUCUAAUUCCAGUUCUAAUCCCAGUUCUCCUAAUAGAUUCUAAAAAAUCGAGAGAAUCGAUCGCAAGUGCAAGUCUCCUGCUGUCGAAAGCUCUCCCCAAUUGCUGAUCGGAUUUUGCGCCCUCGAUCCAAAUGGCAAUGACGUCGCCUCUAUCGAUCCACGAUCCUCUGUUCUUCGACGAUGAUGACCAAUCCAUUGGCGAGGUUCGCAAUUCCCAAUUUACCGAGGACGAGAUCCUUGGCCGCAUGGAAUGCCUGGGCAUGAUCCACGCCUUCGUCACGCCCUUUGUGCUCAACGCUGCCAUCAAGCUCCGGGUCUUCGACAUCGUCGCGCACGCCGCAAUUCCUCCCACCGCGGAGGAGAUCAUGGCCAAAAUCUCCUCGUCGUCCUCAUUCGCCGCCACCGCCCCCGCCGCCACUCCCCAGCUCGGGGUGCUCCGCCGGAUCCUCCGGUUCCUGUCGCAGAGAAAGGUCCUCCGCCACGUCAGCCGGGACGACGGCCACGUCGGCUACGCGCUCACGGGAAUCUCCACGUGGCUGGUCCGGAGCCGCGCCAGGUCGGACUACCUCGCCCCGCUGCUCGCCAUGGAAAUGCAUGCCAGGUGUCAGGCGUCGUGGCAGAGGCUCCACGAGGUCGUGCUCGACGGCGGCGAUGCGUUUGAUCGUGCGAACGGGAACUACUUCUGGGACACCGGCCGCCAUGACGCGCAGUUUAACCGCGUGGUAAACGACGCGAUGAUCGCGUUUAGCACCGCCACCAUGUCGCUCGUGCUCGAGAGCUACCGUGGAUUCGCGGGCAUCCGACGGCUGGUGGACGUUGGCGGCGGCAUGGGCCACUCAGUGGCCAAGAUCGUGGAGGCAUACCCCCAGAUCCAGGGAGUUAACUACGACCUCUCGCAUGUCAUAACGACGGCGCCGAAAAUCCAAGGCGUGGAGCACGUCAGCGGGGACAUGUUUGAGAGCGUGCCCGCGGCGGAUGCCAUUUUCAUCAAGUCGGUUUUACAUAAUUGGGACGACGAGCACUGCGUCAAGCUCCUCAACAAUUGCUACCGAGCGCUCCCGCAAGAUGGGAAGCUCAUAAUCGUGGAUAUCAUCUACAAGUCGAGCGAUACUUUCGCAGCGCUGGAGGCCAACUUGGACAUGAUCAUGCUGGCGUACACCACGGGCGGGCAAGAGAGAACUCCCAACGAGUGGGAAGAGCUUCUCAUCUCUUGCGGCUUUGGCGGGAUCACGUUCCACACAAACAUGCCGACCAAGGAGGGAGUGAUCGAGGCUUACAAGAUGGUAGAGUUGCGGGACGACGAGCAAGAGAGGAUCUCAAGGCUGUGAACGAGAGAGAUGCUUAAGAUCUCCAUGGAACAACCAUGGAGAUGUUAAAUUCUAAACUGUACAUAAAUCAAAGCAAAGUCUUCAAAAACAUACUUUACAUCUGUUAUCUAAACUGUACAAGAAUCAAAGCAACGUUUUUAAACAAUGUGGAUCAUACUACUUGCGAGGAGCAAAGUUUUCUAGCGAGCUUUGCGAUAUUGUUGGAUCCUGGCUCGUCUUUUCCAAUCCUCGAGUCGGCGAAAACCACACACAAACCUCUCGCGC